AUGACAAGAGAAAUAGACAAGAAGCCACCAGAGUCUGGAGCAGUUUUUACCUUUGGAAAAAGUCAGAUUGCUGACAGCGUUCCCAGUAAAUUCUGGUUGAAGAACGACAAACCUGUACUUAUCUCAUGUGGGCAUUCACACUCAGCCUUUGUUACAGAGCAUGGGCGUCUCUUUGUGUUCGGCAGUAACAGCGGUGGUCAGCUUGGUCUGGAGUCCAAAGGUCCCAUAACCAAACCAGUCUGUGUCAAAGCACGGGGGGAGAUAUUCGCAGCUGGAAGAAACAGUGAGGGGCAGCUUGGUUUAGGUCACUGUGAAGAGAGAACUUCAUUCCAGCAGCUCCACCCGUUCUGUGAUGGUGCUCCACUUAAACAGCUCUCUGCUGGCUGUAACACCUCAGCUGCGCUUACAGAGGAUGGAAGGCUUUUUAUGUGGGGUGAUAACUCUGUUGGUCAGCUUGGUUUGGGGUCAGAAAACCUUGUUUUGUUUCCAAAACUGCUGAAAGUAGAUCGUUCUGUUACAGGAAUCUCAUGUGGGCUUAAUCAUUCUGCUCUAAUCACUGACAUCGGAGAUGUUUAUACAUUUGGUGAGGCUGCGGAUGGUAGGCUCGGCCUUUCUGAGGAUCAGCUGGCCAAUCACAGACAGCCUCAGCGGGUGGGAUCGUUGGAGGGGGUUCUGCAGGUAUCGUGUGGAGGCACACAUACUCUAGCCUUAACAGGUAUGGGCUUAUUAUACUGUAUAUACACAAGCGUAUGUGCAUAUAACACAACAAUGUGAAUUACUUUCUAUUUAUCUCUCUUUCUCUCUUUCUCUCUCGUUCUUCUAGAGA